UUUCACUCAAACCCCUUUGAACUCUAUUUAUUUGCAACAACCAAGUCCACACAUCAACUGAGCUAGAACUAAAUAUGCAAAUGAAUCGAUCAGCCAACUUUUGAUAAUGCCCUCUGUGGUGGACAAAGCAAGUCAAUUCUCCUUGCAACAUAGACGCUACGCCUUCGCAAACCGAUACCUUGCUGGAAAGAAACGGUUCACAAAACUCUGCCAUCAAUUCAACUUCUCCUCAUUGAUUCAACACCGUCGUCUGGUUUACCAGCGAUCGGAUAUGCCUCAGCAAGAUUCGGAAGAACAAGUCUUUGUAACUAGAAACAAGAGGUCUUCCGCAUCACCCGAACCCACUCAGAGCCACCACUCUCAACAAAACCCUUCAAGUGGUGGAUCAAAUAAGCCCCGGGCCAGCAACGACCAGGAGAGCGGUCAGGGCCGUCGAGGUUCGCCUGGCGCUCACGGUCAAGACAACUCACCCGCUGCAAGAAUCCGUCGCGAGGCCAUAGAAAAGUGUGAAAAGCUUCUCAACGUGCCCUUCCCUCACAGUGUUGAAGUGCAAGCCGCCGAUCCCAAUCAAUCCGACGUCGAGCCCACGAACCCGUCGGCGGCCUACCUGGACUAUUGCAUCAACAAAGAACUGAGACGGCGUAAACAGAACAUCGUUGAUAAUUUGAUGGCUGCAAUCUCGGAAUGUGUUGAAAGAAGACUGGAAGCACUCGAGGAAGAGUGUGAGCAUACUUCCGGAUCACAUACUUCGCGUGCUUUCCAGGCAGGAAAACACAUACCCCAGUCAGCUGGCCAGAAGAGAUCCAAAGGUCAAAGUGGUAGAGACGAAAGUGAGAAUGAGGAAGAAGGAGACGACAAGUUCCGUAGAAAGAAGGACAACAAGAGGACAAAAACCACAAAGGACGACUCUCGCCCUCGGUUUGCUUGUCCUUACCAUCAAAGGGACCCCAAGAGAUUCGGCACUGAGAGAACAUGUUGUGGUCCGGGGUGGUUUGAAAUCGGCCGAGUAAAGGAACAUCUCGAGCGAAGACAUAGUCUGUCUCCGCAUCAAUGCAAUCGAUGCCUUCGCCGGUUUGACGAUGAGAAAGAUCUGAAGAAGCAUCAACGGAUGACGACGCCGUGCCCAGUAAAAGAGACAAGCAGCCUUCAACGAAACCUCCUGGAUGGCUACGACGAGGAACAAGCAAAGAAACUGAAAAUAAGAGUGAGGAUGAACCCUGUUGAGAAGUGGAGGGAGUGGUAUUGUGCUCUAUUUGAUGUCAAGCCUGAUUCUCCUGACAUUCCUUCACCUUAUUAUGAUCCUUCACUCUUAACCACUCGGGCGCCAGCCGUCAAGGUCGAAAACCCUGACGAAUGGCGUGACUACUGGAUCAAGGCAAAGCCAGCAAUUCAACACCAAGUAGCCAUGGCAGUAGAAGAUGCAUUCACCGACUGGGAACCUCAAAUGAAGGUGACUGUCAUGGAACGUCUGCAAGAGCUGCCACGCAUAAUUGCAGAUAAGCUUCCUUUCCCGGGACUCAGUCCAGAGGAGACGUCCACAGCAGCUGACGAUUUUGGGCUUUACUCCUGCUUGGACUAUUAUUCAUUUGCCCCAGAAGACUUGGGAGAGCAGCCUUUCGACUUUCAAGCCAUAGACGACGGGGCUAUGCUGAACAACUCGGCAACGUUAGAUAUGAAUGAGUCCACGGAUUCCUCAGACGCAUAUCAAGCCAGUGACAGCUCGGCCACGUCUCUGGGAGACGAUGCAGCAUACCAACAAGUCGACUACAAGGCAGCCGUGAUGCCAAGUAGCAUUGAUUUUAGCUUUCCAAAUAAUGGCGGGUAUUACUAACACCUGGACUUAUAUCAUGAGCUGUCUCCGUCAGUCCGGACCUUCUUUCAUGUUUUUCAUAUCCUGUUUAUGUCCUUUCUAUGUUCCUUUAUGACAAGAAGCCAAUCACUCACUCUCAUCUUACUUCUAUUUAGUCUCUCUUAUAUGGUAUUGGCGCUUUCUUUCGCAAGGUGCCCGACCUCGCGAAAUUUCACAUUCGCUAUGGCAGUCAUGCCAACAUCAGAGGAAAACGGAUAUCUGAACCCUAUCUCCUAUGUGAGAGCGUAAGGAGGAUGUAAAUUUAUCAUUUUCGCAAUGUUGUAUGUACUA